CAUCACACCCUCCUGUGCAACGUCAUCAGAUCAGUCAAUCAUUUUAUACCUUCUUACACUUUUCAUCAUGGCACACGUCAGCAGAGUGCGCCCUCUGCUCUCCUCUUUCGUGUAUUUGUAUGUGAUGUGGAGUGCAGAUCGGUUCGUUUAAAAAAAGUACGAAAAAGUGUUGCUUGGAUUAAUCGCGGGACACGCAGCCUCUCGAGAUUGCUCGUCAGGAUGGUACUCAUCGCCGCCGCGGUAUGCACGAAAGCCGGGAAGGCUAUACUUUCUCGUCAGUUUGUCGAGAUGACAAAAGCAAGGAUAGAAGGCUUACUCGCCGCAUUCCCGAAACUGAUGAGCUCGGGUAAACAGCAUACCUUCGUGGAAACCGAAUCCGUCAGAUAUGUUUAUCAGCCCCUUGAAAAAGUAUAUAUGCUGCUUAUUACUACUAAGGCCAGCAAUAUUUUGGAAGAUCUGGAAACUCUGAGGCUUUUCGCAAGAGUAAUACCCGAAUAUUGCCUUAAUUCGAUGGACGAGAUGGAGAUAGCAGAAAACAUGUUCAAUUUGAUAUUUGCGUUCGAUGAGAUAGUUGCAUUAGGAUACAGGGAGAACGUUAAUUUGGCACAAGUCAGAACCUUCGUGGAGAUGGAUUCCCAUGAGGAGAAAGUUUACGAGGCGGUCAGGAAGACGCAGGAGCGCGAGGCUAAGAACAAGAUGCGUGAGAAGGCCAAGGAGUUGCAGAGGCAGAGGAUGAUGGAGGCUAACAAAAAGGGUAUCAAAAGUACCAGUUUCAGUGGAGGAUACGGAAGCGGUGCUGCUCCAGCUACUCCGUCUGUCGGUGACACAGCCAAUUUCGUGCCCGAGCCGAUUAGACCUUCCUAUAAGCCGAAGCAGAAACCGUCAGUCAAUGCCGGACCAGGUGCAAUGAAAUUAGGUGGCAAAUCCCGUGAUGUGGAUUCGUUCGUUGAUCAAUUGAAGGAGGAAGGAGAGAAUGUCGUAUCUGGGCCGGUUGCCGCCCCCGGAGCGAAACUACCGCCGAUUUCUACUCAAAUAAUUAACACGGAAUUGGUUCACUUAAGGCAAGAGGAGAGACUCAACGUGCGCGUCGGUCGUGACGGAGGUUUGCAGAAUUUCGAGUUGCACGGUUUGGUCACCUUACACAUCUCCGACGAGAAGUGGGGACGUAUUCGUGUGCAAAUUGACAACAGCGACACACGAGGUAUCCAAUUGCAAACUCAUCCAAACGUGGACAAGGAAUUGUUUAGAGCGCACGGACAGAUAGGUCUGAAAGUACCUACGAAACCGUUCCCGUUGAAUACCGACGUCGGAGUGCUGAAGUGGCGUUUCCAGGCUCAAGACGAGACAGCACUACCAAUCUCAAUAAAUUGUUGGCCAUCUGAGAACGGAGAGGGCGGCUGCGACGUGAAUAUCGAGUACGAAUUGGAGCAGGCAGAUAUCGAAUUGAACGACGUCCAGAUAAAUAUCCCUCUGCCUAUCGGGUGCAAUCCUAUCGUCAGCGAAUGCGACGGACAGUACACGCACGAAGCACGACGAAACACGUUAGUCUGGUCCCUGCCGGUGAUCGAUGCUUCUACAAAAUCUGGCUCGAUGGAAUUCUCCGCCCCUUCUUCUACACCCGCGGACUUUUUCCCGCUUCACGUUUCAUUUACGUCCAAAACGCCGUAUGCCAAAAUUAAGGUUAACGAAGUCCUGCUUGUCGAAGACGAGAGCCCAGUUAAGUAUUCGGUAGAAACUGUAUUCUUUACUGAUAAUUACGAAGUUGUAUAAGAUAUAAUAAAUGAUAGAUAAAGUAUUUGCGCAUUCGAGAAUGUGGCGAUAGACAGACAGAGUUCAACGGGAGACAUAAUGUUGCAGUCAACAAUCGAGUUUAAUUACUACUUAAAUUUUAUUGCCAUACAAUCAUUCCUUGUAUGAACGAUGAACAUCCGUUGGUAUAUAUAUAUAUAUAUCCUUUGGUAUAUUCGUGUACAUGUAUCGAUUUGUUAUGCUAUUUAAUAAUUAUUCAGUGCCGAAUACUUAUAUAAGUUUGUAAAAAAACAGAUAUAUUUUAUUUAAGAAAAAUUGGGCAAUGACCUAGGCAUGGAAAUUUAUUGUAAGUUUGACUUUUUAUUUUAGUAUAUAUAUAUUUUAGUAUUACAAUAUCGUUCGCAGAGAGUUGUAUUACUACCAAAUAUACAUAUAUCCAAUUUU